UUAAUGCAAAAUGGAAAAGCCUCAUGACAAAUGGAGCCAGCCUGGUUGGAGAAUAGAGCAGAAGUAUGGCACCAAAGUACUCAUUGGUAAUUGGGUGGAGGAGAAAUUGCAAUUCACUCGAGAGUGCAAGACAGCAAACAGUACCAACAGGCUGGACUACACGCCACACAUGUUGCACAGGCCCGAUGCUGUCGUGAGGAGAAAGGCUCUUCGCAGAUCAGAGGGUAUUCCUCCAAGGCAGUUGCUCUCUCAUCAUGGUGUUCCCGCCUCCCAGUACCUGGUCUCACUCUAUGAUGAGUCGUACGGGCGGCAGGCCUCCUGCACGCUGCCUACACUGCGCUCCUGGCACUCUGACAAACUGGCCUGGGUCCCAGAGAGGUCAGAUCACCCCAUCCAAGGCCCCCCGACUAACUUUGGCCUAGCGGAGUCUUGGCAGACACGCGUGAAACAACAGCAGGCAGUUGUGCCUACACUUAGUGUGUAUAAGGCUUCGUACCCUGUGUACCCCGCCAGCGCCUUCUGUCAUUCUCGCCAUGUCACGGUGCCCAAGCGGUUCUCCAGCUCUCUGCCCCCUGGCAACCACAGCUACAAGGACCUGGCACUGCAACACAGACCCCACAGGCAGGUUUCCAAUCAUCCAGCUGUCCCGCUGUGACCCUUGG